GGGUCGUAAAAGGGUGGGGGGAGACGGGGAUGGGGGAGACUGGGGACAGCUGGGCAGCCACUCUCUGAGCGGCCAGACCCUCUCUUCCUCCCUUCUGAACGCCGCCCCCGUCUCUCGGGCAGAGCUGGAGGAGCAGGGGUGGCUUUUGCGGGAAGGGAUGCCCCCUCUUACUGGAUUGGAGGGGGCUUCAGGCGGGAGAAUGCUCUCUGCCCUAGGACACAAAUUUCUCUGCCUCCACGAGUCUCUAAGUGGAUGGUCCUCCUGACCUCACUUGUUCCCUCUGGACAAUGGGGCAGUUCACCACCUCUGCUUGCUGGGCUGGGGAGGGAGGAGGGUCCAUUUAGGGCCGCGGACCUGGGGCGAGGGGAGGAGACGGGUCCUGGCCUGGCGGGAGGAGGGGCCUGCCCCUGGCCUGCAGCGUCCGUUCCCUUACCCCUCCCCCCACCUCAGGGGCCUCCUGCUUCUCUGUCUUGUUUCUGCUUUUCCCAGACUCAGGUGGAAACAUCCCCAGGUCUCCCAACUCCCACCCCCAGCCUCUGAGCCGGUAGCACGGAGGCCGGAAGUUUGGGGAGCCUCUGAGGGCCUGUCUUCUCUGCUCCUCUUCCCCUGCCUCAGGAGUUCCCCAUUCUCUGGGUCCGGGGAGGGGACCGGGUGUCCAGAGACCUAGUUCUAGUCUCCCACUGGCACAGAUGCCUACGUAGCCUGGGCAGUUAGGCCACCUUGCCAUGGGCCUCGGCAUCCCCCAUGUGUCCCUAGGUGGGGUCCAGGGGCCUGUGCACCCCUGCCCACAGCUGUAGUCCAGAGUGCUGUGUGACUGAGCCUAGGACUCUGAGCUCCCGCACUUCCCGUUCUUGGAGCCAGCUAAUACUCCUCAUCCUGGGGUGGGCUGAGGAUUUGGGAGUGGGCAGAAGAGAGGCUUCUGUGUCCCAAAGCUAGGCCCUGGGUGGGUCUCCCAGCCUCCCCUUCAGUUUCAUCUGUCCGCCCUCUUUCAGGACACAGCCCUGGGUGGAGGAGGAAAAACCCUUGUAUCCUAUUCCCACCCCCAUGGAAUGUUCUCUGACUGGGAUGAGGCAACUGGGCCACCCAGGGCGGGCCGCACCUGGGAGGGACAGUGGAAGCACUGGGGUCCAGGUGCCCUGCUGCGGGGAGGGGGAGUAGGGGGCGUUCUAACCCAGGCAGGCUCAGCAGAAGCGCUGUCCCCCCGCAGCACCCCGGAGACCGCUGAGUUCCUGGGUGAGGACCUGCUGCAGGUAGAACAGCGGCUGGAGCCGGCCAAGCGAGCGGCCCACAAUGUCCACAAGCGGCUGCAGGCCUGUCUGCAGGGCCAGAGUGGGGCAGACAUGGACAAGCGGGUGAAGAAGCUUCCCCUCAUGGCUCUGUCCACCACGAUGGCCGAGAGCUUCAAGGAGCUGGACCCUGAUUCCAGCAUGGGGAAGGCCCUGGAGAUGAGCUGUGCCAUCCAGAACCAGCUGGCCCGCAUCCUGGCCGAGUUUGAGAUGACCCUGGAGAGGGACGUCCUGCAGCCACUCAGCAGGCUGAGUGAGGAGGAGCUGCCAGCCAUCCUGAAGCACAAGAAAAGCCUCCAGAAGCUCGUGUCCGACUGGAACACACUCAAGAGCAGGCUCAGUCAGGCAACCAAGAAUUCAGGCAGCAGUCAAGGCCUGGGAGGCGGCCCGGGCAGUCACAGCCACACGACUAUGGCCAACAAGGUGGAGACGCUGAAGGAGGAGGAGGAAGAGCUGAAGAGGAAGGUGGAGCAAUGCAGGGACGAGUACUUGGCUGACCUGUACCACUUUGUUACCAAGGAGGACUCCUAUGCCAACUAUUUCAUUCAUCUCCUGGAGAUUCAAGCCGAUUACCAUCGCAGGUCACUGAGCUCUCUGGACACGGCCCUGGCUGAGCUGAGGGAGAACCAUGGCCAAGCAGACCACUCCCCGUCGAUGGCAGCCACCCACUUCUCCAGGGUGUAUGGGGUGUCGCUGGCAACCCACCUGCAUGAGCUGGGCCGGGAGAUUGCCCUGCCCAUUGAGGCCUGCGUCAUGAUGCUGCUUUCUGAGGGCAUGAAGGAAGAGGGUCUCUUCCGUCUGGCUGCUGGGGCCUCAGUGCUGAAGCGUCUCAAGCAGACGAUGGCCUCGGACCCCCACAGCCUGGAGGAGUUCUGCUCCGACCCACACGCCGUGGCAGGUGCCCUCAAGUCCUAUCUGCGGGAGCUGCCAGAGCCCCUGAUGACCUUCGACCUCUAUGAUGACUGGAUGAGGGCAGCCAGCCUGAAGGAGCCAGGGGCCCGGCUGCAGGCCCUCCAAGAAGUGUGCAGCCGCCUGCCCCCCGAGAACCUCAGCAACCUCAGGUACCUGAUGAAGUUCCUGGCACGGCUGGCCGAGGAGCAGGAGGUGAACAAGAUGACACCCAGCAACAUCGCCAUAGUCCUGGGACCCAACUUGCUGUGGCCACCUGAGAAAGAAGGGGACCAGGCCCAGCUGGAUGCGGCUUCCGUGUCUUCCAUCCAGGUGGUGGGUGUUGUCGAGGCGCUGAUCCAGAGUGCAGACACCCUCUUCCCUGGAGACAUCAACUUCAACGUGUCAGGCCUCUUCUCAGCUGUUACCCUCCAGGACACGGUCAGUGACAGGCUGGCCUCUGAGGAACUUCCACCCACUGCCGUGCCCACCCCAACCACCACCCCGGCUCCGGCUCCAGCUCCAGUUCCAGCCCCAGCCUUGGCCUCAGCAGCUACCAAGGAAAGGACAGAGUCUGAGGUACCCCCCAGACCAGCCUCCCCCAAGGUCACCAGGAGCCCCCCGGAGACAGCUGCCCCGGUGGAGGAUAUGGCUCGGAGGACCAAGCGCCCAGCACCAGCCCGGCCCACCAUGCCGCCCCCCCAGGUCUCCGGCUCCCGUUCCUCCCCUCCAGCCCCGCCCCUGCCCCCUGGCUCUGGAAGCCCUGGGACCCCCCGAGCCCUGCCCCGACGUCUGGUUGGCAGCAGCCUCCGAGCCCCCACAGUGCCACCCCCAUUACCCCCCACACCCCCUCAGCCUGCCCGGCGCCAAAGCCGGCGUUCACCAGCCUCCCCCAGCCCAGCCUCCCCAGGUCCAGCCUCCCCCAGCCCGGUCUCCCCAGGUCCAGCCUCCCCCAGCCCAGUCUCUCUGAGUACCCCUGCACAGGUGGACCUGGGGGCUGUCACAGCAGAGGGAGGAGCCCCUGAGGCUGUCGGUGGGGUCCCCACUACCCCAGCUAUCCCCCCUCAGCCCCGCCCCAGGAGCCUUGCCUCAGAGACUAACUGAGUGGCUGGUUUCUUCCUGAGCAGCCCCCAGCAUCCCCUCCCUCCACACCUGGCCCUCCCAAGACAGCUCUCACCCCCCACAAAGGGGCGUGGGCCUCCAGCCUUUGCCCACAAGUGCCUCAGUGCCCACUGGGUCGGCCCCCAUGGCCAGGAGGACUCAGGACAGUCCCCCACUUCCUGACCUUUUCCUCAUCCACCCUGGGCUUGGGGAGCCCCUGCUGGACUCUCCACUCUCCAGCAGGUCCUAGGGGAGCCACCGGAAGGAAGGAGAGGCUUCCCUGCUCCUAGGGGACCGAUUCUUCUCUUGCCAACAUAUUUUUUGUAAGGCUGGUAAAUAAAUUAUUUUGGACAAAACUGGAGCAGCUGCCCAAAUGAUAGUUUUAUUUUCUGUUCUUGAAAUAAAGAAGCCAAUUUUAUAAAGGCGAAAAAAAUA